GAACCACAGGAGACUACUAGCUGUCCGCAGCCAUGCAUCUUUUUCUCGGAGGUCUGGUAUUCACGCUUGCCCUCAGCUAUCACAUUCCCGGCGUCCCAGCCACCGUGGUCCUGGAUUUUAACCACGUCGAGAGAUGCAAAGACUCCCUCUACAUGGGAACACCACCGCGAGGCAUUAUCGAAGUCAAUUUGAAGAAGAUAUGUCAACGGUACGCCGAUAGGCCGCGCUUUGUGACUCUGUACGACCCUCACAAACACAUCCCUGUGUACUCGGCGUACUCCUUCAAGAAAACGGAGGCAGACCGGCGCGUGGACUACCCCUGGAUGUACGAGCCACAGCUGGCGGAGGUCGAUGGGAAUGGGAACAUGCUUCCAUUUCCCACAGGCUACCUACACAUGAAGUUCGAGGACAGCCAGGCGGUCCUGGACGACUACUCGGACGUGGUCCUGUACGAGCGAGGCCACUUGAACCCCGACCAGCACCAGUCCGACCCGCACGACCGCGCAGCUACCUACACUCUGACCAACGUGGUCCCGGAGAUCCGGGAGUUCAACAUCGGGCCGUGGCGCGAGCACGAGGAGCGCAUCCGCAUCCGUCUCAACAACUACUGCCGCGGCACAGCCUUCAUCGUCACCGGGGUAACCACCACGGGGAAUAUGAUUCGCCGGAACAACCAGGACCGCGUUGCCAUUCCCGAGGACGUGUGGUCGGCGUACUGCUGCGCCGACUACGAUCGCAACGCCCCUCACGACGUCCGUAUCCGCUUCCCCACCCAGGCCGCCCUGGCCAAGAACGCCAAGGAGGGGAACACGGUCCACGAGAUGACCGUCCAGGAACUGGAGAACCACCUGAAGAGCCGCAUGGAGGUGGACCAGAGCCUGCAGCUUUUCUACGACAACUGCAUCUCCCCCUCCCCUCUCCCCCUGUACCUCCACCACACCAUCUAAUAGCUCUUCCUCUCAGCUCAUUCUCUAUUACUCAUGCAACCUUAAACUUAAUUAUAUUGUUUCAAAAGAAUUAUCGCUAAUAAGUAUGCCGUCGUCUACCCUUGGUUGGUGUGUAAUGGUUAAAUUAUGUGUGUUUAUGCGAAGAGUUUAGAGGCUGAAAGGAAGGCCUGCCACAGGUCAUGCUUGGGGAAAGCUCUCAUUAUCUAAUCUAGCCAAGGAAAUUACUUUUACUGUCUGAAUUUGCACACCCUUUGCUCCUGUGAUGUGUAGGCCUAACUCUUCUUAUCAAUCUGCAAGUGAUCCUUAAACUAUCCACAAACUGGUACGGGUGUCCAACAUUUUAUCUCACUAAAACCAAUGAUCUGUUCAUAGUUGGCAUAGCAAUGGAAAUAAAUAUAACAUUGUAGUUGUUAAGUUGUGAACUGUACUUGUUUUUACUUUGAAUAAAAGCCAAUUUGAUCACUACCCCAA